ACUCCCAGAAACCCACAUCCCGGAAAUACAAUCGUGUGCUUAAGACAUACAUGACGCUGUUGAUACGCUGCUGUUUGUCUUUUUUUAAGGACAAACAUUCGUAUUCUUCCUCUGGACUGAUAAUAUGAAUAAUGGAAAGUGGUCGAGUUCACGUUUUGUUACUGUGCUUUGUGUUGCUUCUUCAUCCCUGCGUGUCAGAGCGAACUAAGAAGCUAAAUACUUUGGACGUGAACGAGAGCGAGGACAGCGGAAGAGACGUUCGCCAUAAAGACGAAGCUCUGUCGAAAAAACAGAUUGGAAUAGUCAAACCGGACUUUGGAGACGCACGCGAUUUACUCGACCGAGCCGAGGAUAGAGCGACUGUCAGCAGGACUAAUGACACAGAGAACCACUCCAAUGUUUCGACCCACUCCACAUCAUCAUCAAGCAAGCCAACCCUUGCAGCACCCCCAAAUCCCAAAGCCAUUCUGCCCGUGCAAACAGGAGUCGAGGCCCAAGAAGAAGAGCAGUCCAACGGGUUGACCAUAUUCUUUAGCCUCCUGGUUAUUGGAAUCUGCAUUAUCUUGGUCCAUUUACUUAUCAAGUUCAAGCUACAUUUUCUUCCAGAGAGUGUUGCUGUUGUGUCCCUUGGGAUUCUAAUGGGAGGAGUUAUUAAGAUCAUUGAGUUCCAGGAACUGGCCAACUGGAAGGAGGAGGAAAUGUUCCGACCAAAUAUGUUCUUCCUUUUGCUCCUCCCACCCAUUAUCUUUGAAUCGGGAUACUCUUUACAUAAGGGUAACUUCUUCCAGAAUAUUGGCUCCAUCACACUUUUUGCUGUAAUUGGCACAGCCAUCUCUGCUUUCAUAGUUGGAGGAGGCAUCUACUUCCUUGGACAGGCUGAUGUGAUCUACAAGAUGACCAUGACCGAUAGUUUUGCCUUUGGCUCCCUCAUCUCCGCCGUUGACCCAGUUGCUACAAUAGCCAUCUUUAACGCCCUCAACGUGGACCCCGUCCUGAACAUGUUAGUGUUCGGUGAGAGCAUCCUUAAUGAUGCUGUCUCUAUUGUCCUCACAAACACUGCAGAGGGCUUCUUUUCCCGGUCAGACACAACCAUGGUAACGGGCUGGGAGACAUUUUUGCAAGCAGUGGGUUAUUUCCUCAAAAUGUUCUUUGGUUCUGCUGCCUUGGGGACCCUCACUGGACUCAUCUCUGCUCUUUUCCUCAAACACUUUGACUUGAGAAAGACACCCUCACUGGAGUUUGGCAUGAUGAUAAUCUUUGCUUACCUUCCUUACGGCCUGGCAGAGGGUAUAAAAUUUUCUGGAAUUAUGUCCAUCCUGUUCGCGGGAAUCGUGAUGUCUCAUUACACCCAUCACAACCUGUCUCCUGUCACCCAGAUCCUCAUGCAACAGACACUGCGCACAGUGGCCUUUAUGUGCGAGACGUGCGUGUUUGCCUUCCUCGGUCUAUCAAUCUUCAGCUUCCCUCACAACUUUGAAAUAUCGUUUGUCAUUUGGUGCAUCGUCCUUGUUCUUCUGGGCCGUGCCGUCAACAUCUUCCCUCUAUCAUUCCUGCUUAACUUUUGCAGAGACCACAAGAUCACGCCCAAGAUGAUGUUCAUCAUGUGGUUCAGUGGUCUGAGAGGUGCUAUUCCCUACGCCUUGAGCCUCCAUCUUGGCCUGGAGCCCAUUGAGAAGCGGCAACUCAUUGGCACUACCACCAUCAUCAUCGUCCUCUUUACUAUCCUCUUCCUCGGGGGCGGGACCAUGCCACUCAUCCGCAUCAUGGACAUUGAGGAUAACCAGUCACGGCGAAAGAACAAGAAGGACAUCAAUCUCAGCAAGACACAGAAAAUGGGGAAUACUGUGGAGUCGGAGCAUCUAUCAGAACUCACAGAGGAGGAAUACGAGGCUCACAUAUACCAGAGACAGGAUCUGAAGGGCUUCUUGUGGCUUGAUGCUAAGUACCUUAACCCCUUCUUCACCCGGAGGCUCACCCAGGAGGACCUGAUGCACGGAAGGAUACAGAUGAAGACGCUAACCAACAAGUGGUAUGAAGAAGUUCGGCAGGGUCCCUCAGGUUCAGAGGAUGACGAUGACGAGGCAGAACUUCUAUGAAUUGGGUGCACUUUUUUAGCACGUUAAAACUCUUGUCCGCAUCCUUCCGUGGCAUGUGAGAGUCAGAAAAGACAUCAAAGUUGGUCGGAUGGACUUGAUUUGUUGCUACCUAAGGUCAUGUGAAGAGUCUGCUAGGAAGUAUCGUAUCAUGGGGGAAGUUCAGCAAAACUGCACUAGCAAACGCUGGAGACAAAAUGUGUCCCUGAAAAGGAUUGUUCUUUACUUCUGUGCCAGAUUGUCUGCAGUAUGACACUGUAGGCACAUGAAUGUGAUCACUAAUGUUGGACGGAACAUUGAAAGUUCUGUACAUUUGCCACUUGAAGGGACAGACUCAUUGAAUGUAAACUACAAGAGUAUCUUUUAUUUUUUAUACUAGUUCUCAUUUAUUGAAAGUUUAUGCAUCCGGCGUAAAAAUUGUGCCAAAUAUAUAUGUGCGUUCAUCUGAGAUGACACGCUGUGGCGACCCCGAAAGGGACAAGCCGAAAGAAACUUACUUAUUCUCUGUCAAGGUGAAGAAUGUGAAAUAUCACUUUAUCUACAGUUAGCAACAAAAACAUGAGGGGAAAAAAAAAACAAACUGAAUACUAUAGUUAUAAUAAUUCAUGAGUCUGGUUCCCAGAUGAGAUGUUUAAUGUUCAUUUGUGUCCCCAGGCAAGAUUGCCAUCACUACACUAAGUUAAAUACAACUGGAAUUGUGGCUGGUGGAGAUUUUACUGUAGGUUUUUGACAUCACCACUCGCACCAAUGAAUUCCUUUGUUUAUGUUGUCUGUGUGUGUUUAAAAGCUUUUAUACAAUCACCUCAAGCAAUGAGAGGGGGGGGAAAAACCCUCGUAAAUCGUGACGAGUUAUGGGAGUGUUCAUAAAUGUUUAUUUUUGUCACACAAAUUGCACAAGAUGAUCAUAUUUAACAUCAAUGCCAUGUUAAUAACAGGUACAUCUCCAUAACUAUUUUACAUUUUUUUAAUAAUGUGGGAAACGAUUUCAGAGGUUCCAAGCGAAACCCAAGUAAAAUAAAGAUUGAGUUCACAGUGGAAAACAGCAAAAUUGUAUUCACUUUUCACCACAAUAAAUCUAAAAAAAAAAAAAAUACAUAACCAACCAAAAUUACUUUUAAUAUUGAAAAAAAUGCCUGCUAAAAAAAAUGUUUAAUUUACAGUUAAUACUUGGUUUGUGUGAUUUUCUUUGGGAUCUGCAGGUCUGUUUGAAAAAAAAAAAAAAAAGAAAAAAAGGCUGUACAAAAAUGAUUCCCAUUAUAGUUGUCUGAUCAAUUCUUGAUUUUGUUUUUCAUCCAAUAAUGCCCAUAAUUGUUAAAUUUGGUUUUUGAGAAUGUUUUUACUUUCAUGCUCAAAUACAUGGGCAAGAUAGGAAGUACAGCAGGAGCAGCUGACCUCAACUCAAGAUUGCGUAAUUUCGCACAAAAAAUCGGAACUCGCGCAGCGGAACAGCACAAUCUAUUGGUAAAAUUGUUAUGCUUAAUUGUUGUAUGUAUGGAAGUCAUUGGCAAGUUCCUGUUGUCUCUUGACAUCUUCAGCAUAAUCAGACUCAUGCAAUACAGUCAGACUUUCGGCUUCAUGUAAUACGCCUUCUGAGUUUCCAAAAUCAAGCUAAUGCACAUACAAUUUUACAAAUUACAUUUUUCUGAUCAUGGGGGGGGCAGAAAGUGAGGUGAGGCAGACGGUAUAAUGCCUCCACACUGUGAGGGAGGCCGGCAGCCGUGGCAGUCACACUGAGAUCGCAGAUUCACAUUUAUGCUGUUCUUCUAAGCAGACAUGGGGCUGUUAGUUCACCUUGAUUCUUUGAUUUUGUGGGAAGACUAAAAGCUGGUGUCAUCUAUUGUACAGCCCACAGACUGCGGAGAAUGACUGCAAAACUACCGGAUCCUUCUCGGAUUUAUGGCUGAAAAAGAUUUGAUCCAGACUGUAUGGAAGUUAGUCCGGUUUGUGUAUGUGAAACAAUGAUUCUUGCCAUUAAAAAGAAUGAAAGCAUUCCAUAGGUGUAUGACUGAUUAAGCAAGACUUUCCUCGCUGGCAAUAAUGUUUAUGUAGACAAAUGUAUUUUUGAAACACUAAGAAAAUAAAGAAGCCCAUUGACUGGAUUUACAACACAAUGAAA